AGCUGUCCGUGGUGCGAGACUUGGUUUUAAAUGCAGCAUGUGGUGGCUGUCGGCGGACACUGACAGAGGGAACACCACACAGAACAAAAGCCGGUGGGACAUUUGUAACCAGCCAAAGCAGAUCAACACAAGAUUCAGAGCCGUUUGAACAGAAAACAGCGACAGAUUACAGCCAGGUGGUGGUCUCUUUGGAGGGUUGUCUGAAAAAAUCUCGCUUUGCCGAACCAAUUCCUGCAUCGUUUAAUCAGAAUGUAUAUUCCAAUAGAAAGUUCAGCAAAAAAUAGACUUUUCGACAUGACCGUGUUGCAGACAAAACGCGGCUGUUUCCAUCUGACUUUUCGACUGAUCAGCUCGGACACAAAUUGACCAGAGGCUGGAAGAAGAAGAGAGAUGGCAUCGCUGGACUGCUCAAUGUUUCGCAGCAAUGCCAGCUUCGUCUGCAAUACCAGCCAGCAAAACUUCUGGGGAGGGCGCCUGGUCCCCCUCCCUUACUCGCCCCGAAGCACGGCGGCUAUCGCCACCGCCGUCAGCUUCCUCAUCAUGUUGACAAUCAUUGGGAACGUCCUGGUCAUCAUCGCUGUCCUGAGCAGCAGGUCGCUGCAAGCCCCCCAGAACCUCUUCCUGGUCUCUCUGGCCGCUGCGGAUAUCCUGGUGGCCACUUUGAUCAUGCCCUUUUCCUUAGCCAACGAAUUGAUGGGUUACUGGUACUUCAAGAAGCUUUGGUGCGAAAUUUACCUGGCGCUGGAUGUCCUGUUUUGCACUUCCUCGAUUGUCCACCUCUGCGCGAUAAGCCUGGACAGAUACUGGUCAGUCACCCAAGCCAUCCAAUAUCAUUCCAAGCGAACUCCCCGGAGAAUCCGCUGUGUGAUCCUGACAGUCUGGCUGAUCGCUGCAGUUAUUUCCUUUCCUCCUCUCAUCUCCAUGAACAAAAACCUGGGCGAAGACCAGAUCCCCGUGUGCCGUCUGAAUGACGAGAAAUGGUACAUCCUGUCUUCGUGUAUCGGGUCUUUCUUCGCUCCGUGUGUCAUCAUGAUUCUGGUUUACAUCCGGAUUUACCAAGUGGCCAAACAGAGGGCGAGGCAGCCUCCCGGCAGCAGGAAGCCGGAGCCGGUCAGCGCCAGCAGCUCCAAGGGACGGGGUGCCUCCUUCCGUCCCAGCUGGCAGGAGGACGAAGCGGGGAAUUCUCCAUCCCGGGCCCACGAAGGACGGCCCAGGCAACAGCAGGCGCGGAAAAAGGAUGGUCUCCUCUGCUCCACCAAGCCACUCCAUCAGGAGGAGAGCAACUCGACCUCCCCGAGGGAAGGAGAGCACUCCAUGAGGCGAGCGAAGCCUGGGACACCAAGUCUCAUCAGGAGGAAAGCCAUCCCGAACCGGGAGAAACGCUUCACUUUUGUUUUAUCUGUGGUGAUUGGUGGCUUUGUUGUCUGCUGGUUCCCGUUUUUCUUCUCCUACAGUCUGACUGCCAUCUGUCCAGCCACAUGCUCUGUGCCCUCUCCCAUCUUCAAAUUCUUCUUCUGGAUCGGUUAUUGCAACAGUUCCCUUAACCCGGUGAUAUACACCAUCUUCAACCAGGAUUUCCGAGUAGCUUUUAAAAAGAUCCUUUGUCGAGAACAGAGAAGAUCCGUUUACAUCGCCUAGUCCGCAGGUUUCAGACCAGCCGGCUGGUGCCCGAACAGCGACAAGUUUGUUUCAAACUCAAUAAAAGUUUGGCAAAUAAAUGGCAUGUGACUGUACCAGUGUCUCACCACGACCUGGUCUUACCUUGAAACAAGGAAACAAAUGGGCUGCUGGUGAAAGGAAAUGCUCCAAAAUGAAAUGGUUGUGCUUGGUUCAGUAUAAAGUCAAGGGGGAACGCCAAGUCCCGUCGGUUCUGAGGGGAACCAACCCCUUGUCCAAUUGGAGUGGGGUUCAUUUAGGAAAUUCGGCUGGCUCUCGCUUUUUCAGAUCGGGACAAAGAGAACUGCUUUUUCGCCAUGAGCUAUUCAAUGGCCGCUGGAAACCCAGCUUUUCUCUGAGAUUUUUCGCGGCUUGUUAAAUAUUUGUAAAGAUGCUGCCGACAUAUGAUAAAGUGCAGAGAUCUGCGAUUUUGAUUUAAAACCACUUAUUUGUUCUAGUCCAACUUCUAACGCCAGGACUCGUUGCAAAUCAUUUCAGUCAGUUUUAACUAAGUUAUUCAGAUAGAAUACGGAACAGUGUGUUCAGUGGGGGUAAAGACAUAAACAAACAGUCUUAUACACAUCACUUUUUAAAAUAUUUUAAAUUGAAGCGAUUUCGAAGCGUCAGAAAGUUGCUUUCAUACUCGAGGUAUACUCCGAGCCGUCUAAUCAUGGUGGAGAAAAUCUUAUUAAACUGGCGGUUGUUUUAAAUCACAGUCUGUUCACAUUUGUCCGAGAAUCUCCAGUUUCCUCAUUUCCCCUCCCCCCACCUUGUCUCAGUCCCAACCCUCGGACUCAGCACCGCCUUCCUAACCUGCAAUCUUCUUCCUGACCUCUCCGCCCCCACCCCCACUCCGGCCUAUCACCCUCACCUCAACCUCCUUCCACCUAUCGUAUUCCCAACGCCUCUCCCCCCAAGUCCCUCCUCCCUACCUUUUAUCUUAGCCUGCUUGGCACACCCUCCUCAUUCCUGAUGAAGGGCUUAUGCCCGAAACGUCGAUUCUCCUGCUCCUUUAAUGCUGCCUGACCUGCUGCGCUUUUCCAGCAACACAUUUUUAAGCAUAAAUUAUGAAUUCACAGUAAUAAAUGCUGCUUGAUAUCAGAUAUGUUCAGCACAAGGAUAAGAAAUGUCCUGAGUGUGUUUUCUUGGUUAACGAUCAAUAAAAUAGCAGAUAGAUAUUUGUCUGCAGUUAUUAACUGGUAUAUUAAACAGCAGGACUUUUAUCCCUCCCCACCCCAUAAUCAUACAUUCUUUUAUUCACUCCAGGUUUGGUACAAUUUGUUGUAUACAUCUAAAUAGAUUUCCUUCUGUAGUCAUCUCAGGAUAAAAUUCAAGAAUUUUGCAGCAAAGAGAGGUCGUCAAACUAUUCACCUCUGAGUUGGGUCACUGAAAAGCAAUUUGAUUCAGCCCAUUACAACCUUCCAAAUGUUACUUUUUAAAAAUUAUCCUCGGAAACCGUUCUGGAUUGCCUGCCGUUUUGCAAGGAGAAGAGCUCAUUCAUAUUAUGGAAUGCAAAAAUAUAGCUGAAGUUGAUUGGAUUUCUAAAAAGCAAAAGCAACAAGAUGGGAGAGCAGUAAUGUUCCUGCAAUAUCUUGCAUUGAGUUUAAGUGGCCUCUCACAUAUAAGACAAUGUUAUAAGGAGCAAGCAAAUCAUUUAGGUUAAGUUGGGAAUUACUGAUUGUGCUUGAAAUGUCACAUUUAGAGAAAGUGAAAAUGAAAGCAAGGCACUAGAAGCAUCAUUUGGUGAAGUUUUCUCUUUUCUUUGUUUCUCUCUCUCUCUCUCUUUGAAAUGCAUUAACUAUUCUUGGAUUCCUCAACUGAAAUUCUUCAUCCAAACAACCAUUCUUGGGUGUGUGUGUGUCAGGAAAUUAUAAGAUUACAGAGGGCACUGCAGUGGAGUCACAGUUCAGUCCUCAUUGGUUUUCGUUCACAAUUCUUUCCAUCAUUGAUUGGUGCACAGUGCAAAGGAAAGGCAGUACAUCACGUCCUUAAUUAAGGGUGCUUUCUAGCAUGCUAAAACCUAGUCAGAGUGAGAUUAGCCAAUUCAGCACAAUGAGUUCUACUGAAGCCCCAGUUCCGUAUGGGUCAUCGACAAUUGCUUAUCACUAGUGGUCCUGCUGCGGCAUUAAAAAAUGAGGUCUGCAGAUGCUGGAGAUCACAGCUG